GUUGGAGUAACUCUGAAUCCAAGUCCACCUGUUUUCCUUCUUCUUCUUCCACCUCUUCCAAAUCUCUGAAAACUCACACACACACACACACACACACACUCUCUCUCUCUCUCUCUCUCUCUAAUGAUUCCAUUUUUCUAUGGGGAAUGUAACAGAACCUUCUCUGCUCAGUCGCCAUGAGGAACAGAUGAACAGCUCGGUGAAUUGAAAAGAUUUGGACUUUUGGCGAGUUCUGAUCUUUCUAAAAAAUGGAGGAGAAGGUUGAUGCUUACUCUCCCAAGGGAGUUCUUGAGGACUAUUUUCGGAGCUCGGAUUCCGAAACGAGCUCCGAGAAAGAGCCCACGCCGGAUUCAGAAGCUAACCAAAAUUCAAAACAGAGUUCUAGGUGGGGUGGACUUGUUAAAUUGUUGACAUCCAAGUCCAUAAAACCUUUAGCCACGACAGUGCGUCCGCUGCGGAAAUUCUCAAGGAGAAUGAGCAGCAGCAUGAGGGACAUUAUCGGGCCGAAAUUUCAGGCAGAUGAUGCCGAAAUGCUGUACCCUUUCAAGUCACCGUGGAAGAACUUCUCCCUGUAUGAGCUGCAGGCCGCAACCAAAUCUUUUAGCCACGAAAAUCUGAUUGGAAAGGGGGGUUAUGCUGAAGUUUUUAAGGGCUGUCUGGAAAAUGGGCAACCUGUGGCAAUCAAACGGCUAACCCGGGGAACGCAGGAGGAGAUCGCCGGCGACUUCAUGGCGGAGAUCGGAAUCAUGGCUCAUGUGAAUCAUCCUAAUACUGCCAGGCUAAUUGGGUAUGGGGUUGAAGGUGGCAUGCAUUUGGUUCUUGAGCUGUCUACAAAAGGAAGCUUGGCUUCUGUUCUUUAUGGUUCCGAGGAAGAGAAACUCGAUUGGGGCAUCCGGUAUAAAAUUGCAGUAGGUGCAGCUAAGGGUUUGCAAUAUCUUCAUGAGGGUUGUCAAAGGAGAAUUAUCCACAGAGAUAUUAAGGCUGCAAAUAUUUUGCUCACCGACGAUUUUGAGGCCAAGAUUUGUGACUUUGGUCUUGCAAAAUGGCUACCGGAGAAAUGGACUCACCACAUUGUAUCAAAUUUUGAGGGCACAUUUGGCUAUCUUGCGCCCGAGUUCCUACUGCACGGCAUAGUAGAUGAGAAAACUGAUGUGUUUGCGUAUGGUGUGGUGCUCUUGGAAUUAGUCACUGGACGACGAGCUCUAGAUUACUCGCAGCAAAGCCUUGUUAUGUGGGCAAGGCCCUUGCUGAAGAAGAAUUCAAUCAAAGACUUGGCUGAUCCUUCUCUAGCUGAUGAGUACAACCGUCGCCAGAUGAAUCUCGUAUUGUUGGCUGCUUCUUUAUGCAUACACAAGUCCUCGACACGCCGGCCAAGUAUGAGUCAGGUGGUACAACUUAUGAGUGGAGAUCUUAGCUGCCUGAUGUCCUUGAAGAAAAGCAUAUCAAUGCCAAUUUUCCGGAAGGCAUUGCGCGAAGAGCUCAUCGACACAGAAGACCUUAACGCAACGAUUCGGGCGGGUUCUCGAAACGUGGAAGCGGGUAAAGUAACGGGACACAGAAACUUGGAGUAAUGGACAUGGAAACUAUAGGAGUUUUGUGGUUCAGUCCAACCCGUCCAACAAAGGAAAUGAAUGAAUACGAUUCUCAACAUAUAUAAUGUGUACAUAUAACCAUAUAAGAGUUAAAGAAAGAAGGAAAAAAAGAGAGAA